AGGGGGUUUUUUGAGUUUUGACAUUUGACGUUUGAGAAAUCUAUCUUAUCAUCUGAAAGAAGAGAAAUGGCCGCUUCGGGCAUCGCAGGAGCAGGACUCACCCUCAAUUGCUUUUCUACUUCAACAACCAGAUGUCGUACUCGUACUCGUUUUCGUUCUCGAACAAUGGCCGUUUCCACCGACCAGAAACCACAAACCGACAAACUCAUUCUUCGCAAGUCCGAAGAAGCUUUCGCCGCUGCCAAGGAAUUGAUGCCCGGAGGUGUUAACUCUCCAGUUCGUGCGUUCAAAUCAGUUGGUGGACAACCCAUUAUCAUUGAUUCCGUUAAAGGUUCUCGGAUGUGGGAUAUUGAUGGCAAUCAAUACAUUGACUACGUUGGUUCUUGGGGUCCUGCUAUCAUUGGCCAUGCUGAUGACAAGGUGCUUGCGGCUCUGGCUGAAACAAUGAAGAAAGGCACCAGCUUUGGUGCACCUUGUCUUUUGGAAAACACUCUAGCAGAGAUGGUUAUUUCUGCUGUUCCCAGCAUUGAAAUGGUGAGAUUUGUAAAUUCAGGCACAGAAGCAUGCAUGGGUGCACUCCGUCUGGCGCGAGCUUAUACUGGCAAAGAGAAGAUCAUCAAGUUUGAGGGUUGUUAUCAUGGCCACGCUGAUCCUUUUCUUGUUAAGGCUGGCAGUGGAGUUGCAACCUUAGGACUUCCUGAUUCCCCUGGUGUUCCUAAAGCUGCCACUUUUGAAACCCUAACGGCCCCUUUCAAUGACUUCUCUGCUGUUGAGGAGCUCUUUGAGGCCAAUAAAGGAGAGAUUGCCGUAGUUUUCCUCGAAGCUGUUGUUGGAAAUUCUGGUUUCAUUACUCCUAAACCUGAUUUUCUCAGUUCCUUGCGAAAAAUCACUAAGGAGAACAAUGCCCUUCUUGUGUUUGAUGAAGUUAUGACUGGAUUUCGAUUGUCAUACGGAGGUGCUCAAGAAUAUUUUGGAGUAACUCCUGAUAUAACAACUUUGGGGAAGAUUAUUGGAGGGGGAUUGCCAGUAGGUGCAUAUGGAGGGAGGAGGGAUAUUAUGGAGACGGUGGCUCCGGCUGGACCUAUGUACCAGGCAGGGACAUUGAGUGGUAACCCUUUGGCCAUGACUGCAGGCAUAGAGACUCUGAAGCGUAUUAAGGAGCCAGGAACUUACGAAUACUUGGACAAGAUUACAGGUGAGCUUGUUCAGGGCAUUGUUGAAGCUGGUAAGAGAGCAGGGCAUGCAAUAUGUGGUGGACAUAUAAAUGGGAUGUUUGGGUUUUUCUUCACAGAAGGACCUGUCUACAAUUUUACAGAUGCUAAAAAGAGUGACACUGCCAAGUUUGCUAGGUUCUUUUGGGGUAUGUUAGCAGAAGGUGUCUAUUUGGCACCUUCACAGUUUGAGGCUGGGUUCACCAGCUUGGCACAUACUUCCGACGACAUCAAAAAGACGAUAGCUGCUGCUGAGAAGGUCUUCAGAGAGAUCUGAAUUGUUGUAUUGCUUCUUGAGUUUUUGAAACAUCAAUUUUAUAGUUUUGUAGGUUAAAUUAAGAUCAUUACUGUGUACUAUUAUGGAAGUUUUCAUUAUAACCUGUAUCAUUUUUGCUUCUUGUAUCUAAUUCGGUGUAGUGUUUUAAGCUGCGAUGUAAGUCUCUUAAAUUUGGAAUGUAAGCAUUUGAGUCUGUUGUUUGACUUAUAAUAGUUCUUGUGUCUUUGUGUUAUCUUUUAGCUACACUAAUGUAUUUUAUUUCCACAUUAUUUGUGGGAAGACAUCCAUCUAUAUUUAAUAAAAUGAACUCAGAAGUGUAUUUUGUAUUAA